AUGUCCAAGCACGCCACGCUCAUCAAGCCGCCCAAAUCGCUCCCGCAUCACUCCCCCAUCGAAAACGUCCUCUCCCUCCUCCCGCUCAUUGACAUCGGUCCCGACAUCUACACCAACGCUCGUCCACUCUGGCAUCCUCCCGGCGCAAGAGGGAUCUACGGCGGCGCCGCCAUCGCUCAAUGUCUCUCCGCCGCACAGGCCACGAUACCGCCCGACUUCACCGUCCAUAGCAUGCACUGCUACUUUGUGCUUGCCGGCAACAGCGAGAUCCCUAUCUUAUACCACGUGGAGAGGGUGCGGGACGGGAAGAGCUUCAUCACACGGACGGUGCAAGCGCGACAGAGGGGGAAAUGUAUUUUCACGACGACGCUGAGUUUUAUGAAGGAGGGUUCCGGCGGGAAAGAGACCGUCCAACAUGCUCUCCGAAUUCCCUCGGACAUCAUCGCCCCGCCAGACGUAGACUCGGACCGUCAGAACGUGAGCUCUGACGACCGGCCGUUUGAGUCGGUGCGUGUCCCCAUCACCAAUCGCAACGGGCCACCCUCGGAGCGCAAACUGCGACAAUGGAUCCGCGCCCGCGGCCGCAUAUCCGACUGCCCACCCAACGUGCGCGAGGAGGAAUUGAAGAGUGGCCAGCGAGCGAACCAGCCGGGCGACAACCACCAAGCCCACCUGAGCGCGCUGGCGUACAUGAGCGAUUCGUACUUUAUCGGCACGGUCGCGCGGGUGCACAGCCUUCAACGCUUCGCCAACCGGCGCAACAUCGAGCGCACGCUAUCAGUCUUCAGAGGUUCAGAAGAAGAAAAGAAACAAAUGCGACUGUACCUCGAAGACAUUGCCAAGGAGGAAGAAGAAGAACACGCCGAAAUGGCCCUCACCAAGAAGGACGAUCGCAAAAUCGGCAUGAUGGUCAGCUUGGACCACACCAUCUUCUUCCACAAUCCCAGGGCGUUCAGGGCGGACGAGUGGAUGUUGACAGAGAUGGAUAGUCCCUGGGCAGGCGACGGGAGGGGUCUGGUCAUGCAGAGGAUCUGGAGUAAGGACGGGGUUUUGAUCGCGACAUGCACGCAGGAGGGCGUGGUCAGAUUGAUUCAGAACCCUACAGACAGUAAGUUGUAG